AUGGUAACAAAAGAAGCCGCUAUGUCUUUCUCGCAAUUUGGAUAUCCUUACAAUGCAACUUCACAGUUUUUCGUGUCGGCAAACCCCAGUACGACUUGCUGCGAUUCGAUUUCCAGGUCGGUGUCUGACGGGUCCAACGCAUCCCAGACUGCAUCCUCCUUCUGUUGCCCCUCAUACGAAAACCGGCUUUUGGCAAGCACCAGGACAGAGCUGAACGCAGCUCUCGGAAUGUACAGCUCUCCAUACGCAGCUGCGGCCGCAGCCAGCCAGAACUACGCUAACUACUUUCCAUAUAGUACCGACCCCUCCGCUAUCUACUCAACGCUGAAUCCACAAUAUGAUAUUAAAGAGGGAACGGGAAGUCUCCACAGCGGGAUAACUCAACCCGCUGCAUACUACCCAUACGACCACUCCCUAGGCCAAUACCAGUACGACAGAUAUGGAACAGUAGACUUCAAUGCUUCUGCCAGGAGAAAGAACGCCACACGGGAGACCACCAGUACCCUUAAAACUUGGCUUUACGAGCACAGGAAAAACCCGUACCCGACCAAGGGCGAGAAAAUAAUGUUGGCCAUCAUCACCAAAAUGACCCUCACUCAAGUGUCCACCUGGUUCGCCAACGCCAGGAGGAGACUGAAGAAGGAGAACAAGAUGACCUGGUCCCCUAAAAACAAGACCGGUGAGGACAGAAAGGAUGAUCUGGAUAAGACUGACCAGGAUUGUGCCACCAAAGACUCUAAAGAUGCCAACGAGGAUAAGGAUUUGCGGCUAAGUGACCUAGAUGACAUUGAAGAUGAUGACUGUGACAAACUGGACAGUGACUGUGAGAAAGUGGUCCAUGAGAACCCGUCCCUCCAGAGCGCCAUCCCCUCCAGCACCCCAAAGAAAGACGGUCACCCUGAGCUCAGUCUCCCAACCAGCUACCCCACCUUCCCCUGCAGCCUGAAGAAUGUCUCAGGACUGGCUCCAGAUUUCCUGGAACCCUUAACCUCCAAGCAGCCCUCUCCACACAACACAGGAAGCACGUCCCUCUCACACUUCGAGACGUCCGAGAAACCCAGAAUCUGGUCGCUGGCGCGUACUGCGGCUUCCGAAGUCAUACUGGGUUCACAUCACAGCAGAGAGUUCAGGACUGGGAGUACUGGUGUGGACUGCCAGAUGCAAACGUCCAGGCUUCCUGGAAUAGGGACUGGGCAGUGUGGAGACUUCAGGGGUCUGCAGGACCCAACAAACCUGUCCAAUGCUGAGAACCCCUUCCAAGAGGGUCCCCCAGUACAGCCAAACAGUAAAGCAUACAAUACUGGCAGCUACACACACAAGAGUCUUCACCAGCACUGUGCUCCCUACCCUGCACUCACAGACGCAUGCCAGUACUCAGCCAUGGAAGGGUUCUCAGAUGGGGUGAAGACAACGGGAGAGUCCGAACUGAAUGACACGUGUCUGACACUACAGGACAACAAGGUCACUGCAUUCAGACCUGUGCUGAAGAGGUGA